CUGCGGCGUGUGUCAGCGACAGAAGUGGAAAGUGGCUCUGAGCGGCGCACCGCACGCACCCGUACUCACAAGACAGUUCAGUGAUAACAAGCGGCACAAGGCAGAGUCGUCCGUGGUACUCGGCUGUCAGGCAUAUAUCUUAUUUUAUAUCCUGCAGUGGCCCCGAGUGACUUUUUUCUCUCCUUUUAUCCGUGAGCUCGCAGUAAGGAUUUACUUUUUCACGCCUUUUUGUUUUACCUGGUUUAAUCAACAAUGCCAGCUGACACUAUGGAAAAGCAGACGGCAUCCCCUAUUGCCGGCGCACCUGCAAACGGAUCACACACACCGGACAAGCCAAAAAAUGCCAGCGAGCACAGAAAAUCUUCGAAGCCGAUCAUGGAAAAACGCAGGAGAGCAAGAAUUAACGAAAGCCUGGGACAGCUCAAGACACUCAUCCUGGACGCGCUUAAAAAAGAUAGCUCCAGACACUCCAAGCUGGAAAAAGCAGACAUCCUGGAGAUGACAGUGAAGCACUUGAGGAACCUGCAGCGCGUACAGAUGAGCGCAGCGCUCUCAGCUGACGCCACGGUCCUGAGCAAAUACAGAGCCGGAUUCAACGAAUGCAUGAACGAGGUCACCCGCUUUCUCUCCACCUCAGAGGGGGUGAACUCUGAGGUGAGGUCGAGGCUCCUCAACCAUUUAUCCAACUGCUUGAGCCAGAUGAUGUCUAUGAACUACCCGCAGCAGUCCCCGUCUCAGCAGGCACACCUGGCCCAGCCCCUGCAUGUGCAACUUCCAUCCACUCUGCCCAUCAGCGGGGCCGCAAUGGGCCCCAAGCUCAGUCCCGCUGAGGCCGUGUCCCCCAAGGUCUUUGGUGGGUUCCAGCUGGUGCCCGCAACAGAUGGACAGUUUGCUUUUUUGAUCCCCAACCCGGCCUUUACCUCCACCACUGCCCCUGUCAUCCCCCUUUACGCAAACGCAGGAGUGCCUGUUGCGGUUAACGCCAGCCCGGUGCACGGCAGCUCAGCACCCACUGCAGCAUCUCCUGUUCAUGGCAUGACGUCCUUCUCCGGAGGGUCCCAGGCGGUCAGCCCUGUGGGGGUCAGCACCGGCUCCGAGAGCAGCGAGCCUGUGUGGCGGCCGUGGUAGCUUAAAGGGACCAGAGACUGCACUUCAAACCAGUUCGCAUUACUUUUUCAAUUUAGACUUUUAAGUGACUGCACACAACGUUACGGGGGUUGAACCUGUGACUUUUCCGCUAUGGGAUGGUAACUCUAACCACUUAAUACCCCCUCCCACUAGUUCAUGUUGUUUCGUUUUAUGGAACAGGUGCUGCCUCAAAUGGCGCAUGUUUUUAUAAAUAUAUCUAUAUAUAUAAUUUAUUGUUGAUUCCAACAUUUGGAUGUCCGUGGUAAACAUGCAGAUGGAAGAUUUAUAGGAUUUUCUUUCUUUCUUUGUUUUUUUGUUAUGAUGAAGUACUUUUUAUGAAAAGGUUUAGUUUUGUAUAGCGGUGUCAUUGAUUGUUAUACCAAAGCUGUGUUUUAUAUUCUUUGUUGUUUUGUGUUUGGAAAGAAGUUGGGUGUUGACCCACUGUUUUAAUAAAUGAGGUUUCAGAAAUUA